AUGGCUGAAGAACGCGCUGCUCCCAUCCGUCUCGGCUCUGUUGCUCCCAACUUCACUGCUGAGACCUCCCAAGGCCAGAUCACCUUCCACGAGUACAUUGGCAACAGCUGGGCCAUUCUCUUCUCUCACCCUGAUGACUUCACCCCCAUUUGCACCACCGAGCUCGGCGCUUUUGCCAAACUCGAGCCCGAGUUCGCUGCUCGUGGCGUCAAGCUGAUCGGUCUCAGUGCCAACGGCCCUGAGUCCCACAAGGCCUGGAUCAAGGAUAUCGAUGAGGUCACCGGCUCUAAGCUCGCCUUCCCCAUCGUCUGCGACCCCGAGCGCAAAAUUGCCUUCCAGUACGACAUGGUUGACUACCAGGACACCACUAACGUCGAUUCCAAGGGCAUGGCUCUCACCAUCCGCUCCGUCUUCAUCAUCGACCCCAGCAAGAAGAUCCGUCUGAUCAUGUCCUACCCCGCCUCCACCGGCCGUAACACGGCUGAGGUUCUCCGUGUCGUCGACGCUCUCCAGACCACCGACAAGCACGGUGUUGCCUGCCCCAUCAACUGGCUCCCUGGUGACGAUGUCGUCAUUCCUCCUCCCGUCUCCACCGAGGCUGCCAAGGAAAAGUUUGGCGAACUCCGCGUUGUCAAGCCUUAUCUCCGCUUCACCACCCUCAAGAAGGAGUAA